AUGUACUCCCCGGGCCCCCCGGCAGGCCCGGCCCCGCGCCGCGGCCGCCGCCCCCCUCUCGGGCGCCCAGCGCAGCCGCCGCGGCCCCCCGCGCCCGCCCCGUCUCCCGCCGCGCGGCCUCGCGUGGCGGUGAAGAUGGCCUUCCGCAAGGCCUACUCCAUCAAGGACAAGUUGCAGGCCAUCGAGCGCGUCAAGGGCGGCGAGCGGCAAGCCAGCGUGUGCCGCGACUUCGGCGUGCCCGGCGGCACGCUGCGCGGCUGGCUCAAGGACGAGCCGAAGCUGCGCUGGUUCCUGGAGCAGCUGGGCGGCGAGGUGGGCACGCAGCGCAAGAAGAUGCGACUGGCCAACGAAGAGGAGAUCGACCGCGCCGUGUACUCGUGGUUCCUGGCGCUGCGCCAGCACGGCGUGCCGUUGUCGGGGCCGCUCAUCCAGGCGCAGGCAGAGGCCUUCGCGCGCCAGAUCUACGGGCCCGAGUGCACCUUCAAGGCCAGCCACGGCUGGUUCUGGCGCUGGCAGAAGCGCCAUGGCAUCUCCAGCCAGCGCAUCUACGGCGAGACCGAGCCCCCGGCUGUCAGCCCCGCGCCCGGCCCGCCCGUCAAACAGGAGCCCGCGCAGCCCCCAGGCGCCGGCCCCCUCCCGGGCCGCGCCUCGGCCCCGUCGUCUCCAGCCGAGGGUGGCUACGGCGACGAGCAGAUCUACAACGCCAACGUCACCGGCCUCUACUGGAAGCUGCUUCCGGAGCAGGCUGCGCCUGUAGGUGCGGGGGGCUGCAGCCGCCGCUGGCGGGGCGACCGGGUGACUGUGCUGCUAGCCGCUAACCUGACCGGCAGCCACAAGCUGAAACCGCUGGUCAUUGGGCAGCUGCCGGACCCGCCUAGCCUGCGCCACCACAACCAGGACAAGUUCCCAGCCUCUUACCGCUACAGUCCCGACGCCUGGCUCAGUCGCCCUCUGUUGCGGGGCUGGUUCUUCGAGGAGUUCGUCCCCGGCGUCAGGCGCUACCUGCGCCGCAGCUGCCUGCAGCAGAAGGCGGUGCUGCUGGUCGCCCACCCACCCUGCCCGAGCCCAGCGGCCAGGAUGCUCGCCCUGGAGGAGAGCGACGAGACCCCCAGGCGGUUCCGGCCAGAGCCCCUGGGCUCCCCGGAGGAGCUGCAGACCCCCGAUGGGGCUGUCCGGGUGCUAUUCCUGUCGAAGGGCAGUAGGCGGGCACACAUCCCCGCCCCGCUGGAGCAGGGCGUGGUGGCCGCCUUCAAGCAGCUGUACAAGCGGGAGCUGCUGCGACUGGCUGUGUCCUGUGCCGGCGGCUCUCCGCUGGACUUCAUGCGCAGCUUCAUGCUCAAGGACAUGCUCUACCUGGCCGGCCUCUCCUGGGACCUGGUGCAGGCAGGCAGCAUCGAACGCUGCUGGCUGCUGGGCUUGCGGGCGGCCUUUGAGCCUCGUCCGGAGGAGGAGUGUGUUGGGCAGCCGGCUGGCCAGGCCGAGGAGGCGGCCGAGCACAGCACUGUGCUCAGCGACCUCACGCACCUGGCAGCCCUAGCCUACAAGCGCCUGGCACCUGAGGAGGUGGCCAAGUGGCUGCACCUGGACGAUGAUGGGGGCCUGCCCGAGGGCUGCCGAGAGGAGGCAGGCCCUGGCCGGCCCCCUGUGCUGGCCGCUGUGACCCCUCCAGCCCCCAGCAGCCUACCCUCUGUCAUGGAGAGCGCGGAGGAGGAGGCCCCCAUGCCCACAGCUGGAGAGGCUGUUCGGGGUCUGGAGACUGCUCUUCGGUGGCUGGAGUGCCAGGACCCCCGGGAGGUCGGGCCGCUGAAGCUGGUGCACCUGCGCUCACUGAUCAGCAUGGCCCGGCGGCUGGGAGGCAUUGGGCCCUCCCCCCCAGUCCCCGACAACGGGGUGUGACCAAGCCAGCCCAGACGGCCCCCGACGGCCUUUGUCCUGCUGCACCUGAGGGAGAGGACACACACCGUCUCCCCUCUGCCCUCCUCCCCUCCCCUGGGGUGGCCGACCCCAUGAAUAGCGUUCCAGGGAACCCAGUCCAGCCUGGCUUGGAAGGGCUGUCUGUUGGUGCAGGGUCAUCCUGGGGAGUGCUGGAGGAGAGGCCCCAGUCUCAUGCUCCUCCCUGGGCAAGCAUCCACGUGGGAUCUGUGGUCUGAACCUGGGCCCCUCCCAGACACGCCUGGCAUUCACACACCACAGCACUUACCAGAGUGCAGUUGGCUGUGCCCUGCCCUGGUCCCUGUAAAGCUGAGGCCUCCAACCCCACCCCCACCCCGGUAGCCUGUCACCUGCACUGGACAAGGGCCCAGGACUCCUGUCCACCCCGAACCCUGGUGCUGCGUAGUUCCCACGCCACAGCCACACGGUCAUCUCGGUGGAAAGGUGCACCACUUGGUUUUGUUUUUAGCACAUUAAGUCUGUUUUUACAGAUACUCUAGGGGGUCAGGAUGGGGUCUCAGUCCCCAGCCUGGGCCCAUUCUUGCAGGAUGGCUCCGUGGGCUGGGAAGGGCGACAGUGCCCAGCACUUGGGCUUCCUGAGGUUCUGGAUGCAGUAGGGUGUAGAUUUCUGUUCCACUUGGGUUUUUCAUUUUCCUUAAGAAAAUACAUUUUCUGAACAGCUCUUAUUGUGUGGGGUUGGCGUGCGGCUGGACUUGGGCCCUGGUGACUAGACUAUUGAUUGCACAAGCUCCCGGACUCCCCUAGCAGCACUGACAGCUGUGCCAGGACAACCUUGCAGAGCCUUCGAGCCACUUGGGGCUCCUCUGCCUCUUCAGGCACUGCCAAGGGCCCUAGGAAUUGGGCUUCUGGGUGGCACAGUUUAAAGGGGGGGAGGGCCUGUGCGUUACUGCCCAGCCCUUGCAUGGUCUGCUUCUGAGUCCAGUCUAGACUCAGAUGGCUGCUGGUGGUCUGAGGCCCAGAGAUGCCGAUCCCCCCAUGGGGGGAGGGGCUGCCUUUGCAGAGAUGCUGCCCAGAGCCCUCCUGAGGUGCAGAGGUCUGCUCUCCCUCUCUCACCCCCCCCCCAUGUCGUCCUGGUGGCUCAAGGCUGCGGACAGGUGGUGUGUUUGUGGAAUGGCUGCACCGGGUGAGGCAGCUGGAGGGAGCCUCCGAGCAAUUCCCACACAAGCCCAAGCGGCUGCUGUGGGGCUUCUGGGAUCCAGGGCCGGGAGCCCGCUGGGUGUGUGCACAGGCAGACGUCAGGGCCCAGACGGGCACCUAGUGAGGGUGCACCUGGGCUCCACAGCCCAGGUGGCCUUGGUAGCAGCCCCUCAGCCUGCAUCAGCACUGGCUGCUCUGGCCAAGGUGUCCAUCUCCAGUCUUCCGCUCUCCAGUCUCACCCUCUGUGGGCCUGGGCAGGGGCCAGUCGGUACUGAGAUGGGGGUGAGGAGCAGGACCUCUUGCCUACGUCUCUUGGAGCUGCUUCACAGGGCACCAGCCCGCUCCUAUCUGGAGAACCAAGGCUGUACCCCAGAAGGCGGCUCUGGCCUGGCUGGAUGGCCUGGAUGGGCGCUGUAUAAAGCGAGGCUGGUUCAGGCUGGCCUGGGGCCCUGAGAAGCUAGUUUGAGUGCCUGGCAAGUGGGGCCAUUGGCUUCACUGAGCCAGGGAGAAGACCUGUAAAGGUGUCCUGUGUUUUCCAUGGGGCGGAGGCUGCGGGCACCUGGCCCCAGGCAGCCCCACCAACAGGUCACUGUGAUCCCAGGUUGCCCCAGGGCCCCACUGCAGCACUGCCUCUGGUUCGAAGUCACCCAUCUCCCUGGGCUCAGCUCUGUGAAAUCAUGGGUGACCUGGCCGGAGGCUUGCCGUGGGAGACCUCAGUUUGUCUCUGCAGAAGGAUGGCUGAAAUGAACCCCAGCUGGUGGCCGCAAUCCGUGGCCUGCCCCUCACUGCUGUUAUCUGCUGGGCGCAUAGGGAUUUGCCACCCUGGUUUCUGAUGACCUGAGACAGGUGGUGGAUGGUCCUGGGGGAGGGGUCUUGGUUACUGCUGCUGGAAUUCCUUCAACUUCUGUUGUCUGCCAGCUGGAAACUUUUGCCCUUGAGGAUAACACUUUCCCUACCAUGGUAAGGGGACCCUGUAGCCCGGGAGGUACUUAGGGACAAAGCCAUUGGCCUCCCCACUCCUGUUCAAAGCGGUGAAGGUCACUGCACUUCCAAAAAGUGGCCCUUGGUCAGUCAUUGUUACAGCUCACCUGGUGGGCGUGGCAGUGGGCAGGGAAGGAAAGCCAGUGUGCAGACUUCUGCUAGAACCACCCCGGACCUAUGUGCUUUGGGGAAUGAGACCAGGCAGUGCGAGUCAGAGGGGGCCCAGCCUUGCCUGCGACUUGUCCUCAGGAAGUGGCCCCCUAGACAUCAGUUGGGAUGGAUAAAAUAUCUGAGCAUGGUGUGAGAGGAAUGGGAGCACCCUCAGGCUGAGGGGCUGGUCAUCCAGGGAUGACCUCCCCUUGGCCCAAGUGCAGGUCGGGAUUGCCGUGGGGAGCCUGGGUGGGGGUAGAGCUCCGGGCACUAUCUGGCCCACAGUGAGGGUGCCCAUGGAUGAGGCUUGACUCCAGUGGCAUGUCCUUGAGAGGACAUGGGCGGAUGGGCUGCAUGGUCUGUGAGGGGUCGUUUUACACCCAACCUCACUGAUGGCAGAGCAGGUGGGCACAGUGUGCUUUACAAUAAAGGCUGACCAUGUCAACUUCA